UUGCAUUCACAUAAUGUUUAAAAUUAAUGCCUUUAUUGGAUAGUACAGAUAUAAUAUAAUAUAUAAUAAUAUUUUUUAUGUUUCAAACUUUCUGUAUUUUAUUAAUUCGCUUGUUAAUUCGUCUAGAAUUAAAUAAAUAAAAAUAGAACUAAAAAUACUUCAAUUAUUUAUUUACUUAUUUUAUGAGUUAAAAAACUCACAAAUCUGUGUUUUUAUACACCAUAUAGAAAUUGAGAGUCCUCUGAAUAAUAUAUUUCGGCAAGUUGACAUCAUUGCUUGUUACACUGCUGGCUGCUGUGGCGUCGGUGUCCGAAUUUUGUUCAAAAACGAAAAUUUCUGGAAGAAGUGCAUUUGCAUAGUAUAUUUUCUAUAUUAGUUAAAAAAUGAAUAGUUUUUCUAUGCCAGAGGAUUAUCCAUACCAUACCUAUAUAAGAAUUAAUGAUAAUUUAAUAAUACGCUGUAAAAUUAAAACAAAAGGAGAAGUGGAUGUAAAAGAAGGUCGCAAGGCGGUGGUAAAAGAGAUACGAAAAGGCGCCUUGCGCUUCAUUCGAUCGGACAAUGCGUCGAAAGAAAUAUUGUAUUUGGAGCAAGAAAGUUUACAAAAUAAGAAGAAUUUGUUUUUUUAAAAAUAUUUUAUGUUCUUUAUUUGUUUAAGGUCUUCAUUCGUAUAGUAGCGUAUAGUAUGUAUUUGUAUUUACGUCUCAAAAACUGUUUUUUUUUUCGAAAAAUAUCCACUCUUUUAUUGCUUUUAUCUGCUAAAUUACGAACGCACAGUAUAAUUUAUAUUAAUAAAACAAUAUUAAUUAUAUUUUCCACUUAUAUAGGUACUCAUGUUUUGAUAUUUCAAUGCCUUGAAAUAAUUAUUUACAAGAUGGUAAUAGGCUUAAUAAC